GCGUACGCCGAUUCUGCGUGCGUCAUUCAGUGACAUCAUUCUUAUUUGGCACUGAACAAAGCCCGCGUGUAAACACACGGGACAUUAUUAUAUUUCGUGGUCUAAUUUGUUUUCAGUGUACGCGUACAUGAAUUCGUAUUUACGAGUGGCUUCGAACGUCGUACAUCGUUCUCUCCUGUGCACGAGCAUCGUCGUUGUUUAGCUGUUUUUAGCCGAGACGCUGAAAGAAAGACUAAAAACAUGGGAUGCAAUGCGGGCCGAUGCCUCGGUCCAGACGAUACGGGGUACCCUGGAUCAGAAUUCAUGGCAGCCAUUAGGAAGAAAUUGGUUAUUGUGGGUGAUGGUGCCUGUGGUAAAACUUGCUUACUCAUAGUCUUCAGCAAAGACCAAUUUCCUGAAGUGUACGUACCUACGGUAUUUGAAAACUAUGUCGCGGACAUUGAAGUUGAUGGAAAGCAGGUGGAAUUGGCCCUUUGGGACACAGCUGGACAAGAAGAUUAUGAUAGGUUGCGUCCACUAUCGUAUCCUGACACAGAUGUAAUCCUAAUGUGCUUUUCCAUCGAUAGUCCCGAUUCCUUGGAGAACAUUCCCGAGAAGUGGACACCAGAGGUGAAGCACUUUUGCCCAAAUGUGCCCAUUAUCCUUGUUGGAAACAAAAAAGACUUGCGCAAUGAUCCUAAUACCAUCAAGGAGCUUAGCAAGAUGAAACAAGAACCAGUAAAGCCUGAAGAGGGUAGAGCUAUGGCCGAAAAAAUCAACGCUUUUGCUUAUCUUGAAUGUUCUGCUAAGAGUAAGGAAGGUAUUAGGGAAGUAUUUGAAACGGCAACUCGAGCUGCGCUACAAGUAAAGAAGAAGAAGAAGGGAAGAUGUUGGCUUCUUUAAGUAAAAUGCCAAGUAUACCCGGUAACGGGCUAAAUAAUGGAAUUGCGGAGCUAGCUGCAAUGGAGCUAGUUGUUAUGCCGGAGCCCCCCAGCGUAAACCAUAAUAUAAUAACAACAACAACAUCAACAACAACAACAACAACUUAUCUUUAAUUAUUUUACACAAUAAAACAAAUCUAUAUAAAAAAAAACGUAAAACAAUUACAAAA